GGGGCUGUGCAAGGCCCCAGCGCGUGCGCCCAGCGGGUCCCUCGUCCCCAGCCCUGUCACAUCCCGUGAGCAUCACAUGAGUCACGGCCCAGCGGAGCCGGGGAGGGGAGAGGUGUGUGCGUGUGUGCGUGUCGUGGGGGGGGGGGCCCCGGGGGGGGGGGGGGGGGGGCGGCUGAGGCCGGGCCGCUCGUGACGCGGGUGGCGCCAGCCAUGGCCGAGUACCGCAGCCUCCUGGAGGAGCUGGCGCAGAACAUCACGGCCGAGGACCUGGAGCAGCUCAAGUCGGCCUGCAAGGAGGACAUCCCCAGCGGCGAGGGCGAGGCCAUCGCCACCAGCCACCACUGGUUCGCCUUCCUCGAGAAGCACAGCAAGCUGGACAAGGGUGAGCACCCCCCCCAGGUCCCCAUCCCUGCCCCGCUCCCCGUCCCUUGUCCCGGUCCCCAUCCUCAGCCUGUCCCCAGCAGCCCCAUCCCUCCUCUGUCUCCUUUCCCAGUCCCUGUCCCGGGCUCUGGCCCCUGCCCAGGUCCCCACCUGUCCCCAUCUGGGCCCUGUUCGGGUCCUCAGAUUCCUUUCCUGGUCCCCUUGUCCCUGUCCCCACCGCUGGCU